AUGUGGGAAGUCGAACGUGCAGAUCCGGUAACUGCCAGACGCGCGGCGAACGACCUCAAAACGGCGAAGCAGCAUCUUCGUCAAGGUCAAAACGAGCAGGCUGUCGAGUGCUUCGUCAAGGCCUUGGACGACUACGAUAAUGUGGAUUUGGUCGCCGAGCAAGCAAGGAAGUUUCCCGACAGCCACCUGGCGAUGAGGCUCCUCGAGCUCACGGCGACCAAAGCGCGAGAGUAUUUGAAGAGAGACCUGGGCCAAGACUGCUUCGAGGAAACCUUUUAUGCUUAUGGAGGGUUCUGGGGCGUCUUGGACACCCGUCCGUACAUGCGCACCCUACACGCAAUCGCUCAUGUCGCGUUCGACAUGGGCGACCUGGACAAAGCUAUAGCGACGACGGUCGAGACGCUCCGGCUGUGCCAGGGCGACAACAUGGGUCAGCGCUCCUUUCUCCCACCCCUGCUUCUCCGCGCGAAGCGCUACGAAGACGCCCUCUCCUUCUGUCAAGUGUGGCUCGAUCCACAAUACGACGGAAAGCAGCGUCCGCUCGGGGGGUGCGCGUUCGCGGCGCCUGACCCCGAGCCCCUGUCGCAGGCCUUCGUCGACUGGCACACCGAAUCAUGGAGACCCACAGACCUGCUGUUGAAUGCUGCGCUUGCCUCGUAUCACCUAUAUGGAGACUGCGAACAGGCGCGGCAGUACCUGUCGUUGGGGGCGAAGGGGAACACACGGAUCAUGUGCGAGAUAUGGGUGAGGUCGAGACAGCCAACCAAACCCUACAGCAGGCCCCGGACAGCGAACAGCCGCGAGGAAUCUCACGACUACUUGUGGCUGAUGCAGGACCUGUGGAUGGAGCAUGAUGUCUGGGCCUGGGCUACAAGGCAUCCUGACGUCAAGGAGGCGGCGCUGAAGCGAUGCGGAUAUGCGGAGUGUUCCAACCGCGAGGAAGCGGUGUUCACUUUCAAGUGUUGUGGCGGAUGCAAGGAGGAGUGGUAUUGCAGCCCGGAAUGUCAAAAAGCGGAUUGGAGAAAGCAUAAGCUAGAAUGCUUUGGUUAUCGCCAAAAGCUAUUGGCGAGUUCUCCGCGCGACAAGGACUUCGGCUCCGAAUCGUCUGUCUCAGACGACGAGGACCCAGACUCAUUGGUCAGAUUUGCACACUAA